CGCGCGAGGCGGCCAGAUGGGCAACCCCUUCAGCCGCGGCGGCUGCAUCAGCCUCAAGGGGCACGCCCAGGUCUCCGCGGUGGCCUUCUUGCCAGACGGGGAGCUGGUCACGGCUGGGGGCUCGACGGUGCGGGCGUGGAACCUGGAGACGGGCAGGGCGGAGAAGGUCUGGAGGUUCCCGGGUGCGGUGGAGACGUGCUGCUGCUCCCCCGACGGCCGCUACAUCGCCUGCGGCGUUGUUGACGGGCUCGUCUUCGUCUACGAGGCGCGCACGUGGCAGCAGGUGGCCCACUGGCAGGCGCACGCCGACUGCGGCCAGGGGCCGCUGCUGCAGUUCUUCGCCGACAGCACGUGCCCCCUGCGGGGCCGACGCUGGGAAGACAAUCAGCGUUCUUGUUCGAGGUUCGAGGUUCGAGGCGUGUUUGUUGAUCGUUGUUC